GCCUAUAUAAGAGAAGCAAGUGGGAGGGCGCCUCACUCCUCCCGCAGCACCCGCAUCUCCGCAGUCUCCACUACCUCCACCUUCUCCACUACCUCUGCCUCCACCAUGAAGCUCGCUGUCGCCGUUCUCCUGGGUCUGGUUGCCGUGGCCAUCGCUCGUCCAGACAAGGUCAUGGACAUCGAGCUUGAGGACAUCCACCACGAGCUGGACAUCGCCGACGACACCUCCGUCACUGGAACCUACACCUGGACCUCCCCCGAAGGCGAGACUUAUUUCGUGAAGUACGUGGCUGACGACGACGGCUACCGCGUGCUGGAGUCCAACGUGGUGCCAGUCAGCGCUGACGGCGUGAGGGCUGACGGUGCCCAGGGAUCCUUCGUGUCCGUGGAGGAUGACGAUGAUGAUGACGACCUGGAUGAAGACUAAGCUCUAGAAUAUCACGCAAAACUUCAAAGGACCUCGAAGGACUUUGCAGGACUUCGUAGGACUUCACAGAACUUCGCAGAACUUCGUUGGACUUCGCAGAACUUCGUAGGCCUUCACAGAACUUCGUAGGACUUCUUGAGGAUGACUUUUGCAUCUAUGGAGUUAUUUCAUCUAUCUGUCUACCUGUCAAUCAAAAUUUUUCAUCUACCCAUCUACCUGUCUAUCAGCUUUUCUAUCUACCUGCAGAAGUGGUCUCUCUUUGUCUCUCUUUCCAUGACCUACCUGUCUACCUAAGGACCUCCUUAUCUACUUAUGUACUUGUCUACCGUCCCUUUAUCCUGAAGAAGUGGUAUAAUCUCUCUCUCUCUCUCUCUCUCUCUCUCUCUCUCUCUCUCUCUCUCUCUCUCUCUCUCUCUCUCUCUCUCUCUCUCUCUCUCUCUCUCUCUGUCUGUCUCUCCCUUUCUCUUUCUCUUUCUUCAUGUCUUUUAUUUUUUUCCAUUUAUUUUUUCCACUCUCUUUCUCUUUCAAUUGUUGUUUCCAUACAAAGGAAGAUGAGGUAACUUCUUCCUCCUCCUCUUCUUCCUCCUUCCCCUCCUCCUCUCAAGGCUGCUUCACGUUCCUAUCUCGUGUGUGUUCGUUCGUGUGUUAUUUAUUGGCCCAAAUAAGCCUGAUGAAUUGCAA